AUGUUCGCUAUCGUUGGGUAUAUUUGCCUGGGACACACCUACGUUAGGAAGUGCUGUCCUGAGGGCACGCUCAUGAACAGCACUGAUGAAGGCCUGGGUUGUGUUCCAGGUCUUCAUCAGGAUCCUCCAGGUAUAACCUUGGAAUUUCAUAAAAUCAAUAGUUUAAUGGUUCCUCUCGGUGCUGAAGAUGACAUAUUUGUCGACUACAAGAGUGGAACGCUUCACUACAACAACCAUAGUACCAAAGACUUCUGCGUCGAUAUGGAAUUAAAUGGAAAUUACUCAGUAUUCGUCUUAACUGAAAUCCCAGCUGAAGUGUUUAGGUACUAUUCUGCAGGAAUGUUCAUUUCGGUUCCGUUCCUCGUGGCGACUUUCGUUGCCACUUACUUUCUUGACGAACUGAAGACUUUUCACGGAGACUGUGUUAAGAGAAAUGUAGUAACUCUUAGCUUCGCUUAUUUCUGGCUGGCCUUGUUCCAAAACAUCGAACCCGAAAAUGGAGUACUGUGUCAUACCGUUGGAUGGAAGAAGGUUCUACCUUAUCGGGCGGAAAACCCGGUCCACGCUCACGUUGUGGUGGAGAGACCGCCAAUGACGUAG